CAUUACAAAACCACGUGAGGUGUUCUUAGCAAAUAGCGUCCCCUAUCAUUAAGCUUUGAUUAAGACAACUUAAUAAUUUCAAAGCAGCAAAAAAGUGGUUAAGUAAUUCCUUGGAAGCGGUUAUAGCAUAUUAGAUUUCUCAAAGUUUGUACUUAAGACUGCUACAUACGCCUGAUUUAUGUUAUGCAAGGCUUAAGUGAGACCCCCCCAUUGGAUUAAAAACUUUUCAAGCCAUUUGGCCCCCUAGAGUCUCAAACUGAAGCGUCCGCCAAAUUGUGGAAGGGAUGAUGGAACAAAACGUGAUAGAAAGUAACUGUUUUUCACCUAAUUCAAAGAUAAGUGAGCUGAUUAAAAUAGUAGCACAAAUGUUAAAAAAGCCAACUGUUGAAUCUGACCUCAGCCAGGUUUUAAAGGAUUUGUUAGUUAAAGUUAGCGAAUCGGAUAAUUACCUUGAGAAUGGCAUAUUUAAUAUUAAUUUCGCGGAAGCUGCGCUUCUACUACAAAGUACUAGUGAUCUCUACAGCAAGAAAGUAGAAUUGUUAUGGAAUAUCAUUUUUGAUUACCAGAAACGUAUGAUUAGUCAUCAGGAUAACGCAGACAAGGAGCAAGAACUUGCGAAAUUGGAAGAAAUGAAACGAAAAUAUAAACGUAAAAGAAAAACAAAUUUGGUUGAAACACAAACAAACAGUUUGGUCAAUAAUUUCUCAUGUGGAAAUGUUGAAAAUCUUGAUUAUUUGAAUCAGAAUUAUGAAACCACUGAUUUGACCAAAGAGUGGGAGAAGUGUAAUAAUAAACAAUUAGAUAACACUUCUCAUAGAUUAACAAUAAGGAAAAACUUAUUUUUGCCAAAUGACUCAGUUUAUACAGAAGAUAAUGAUUAUGUUGGAAGAUAUGACCAGUUUCAUUCUGCUUCUCUUGUUCAAGACAUUUUUGAUUUAGAAAAAGAGAAACUACUAACAGACGAGUAUAAUUGCGUAACUAGUAUGAGGGUUGACACUCACGUUAUCAACGAUUUUUUACAAGAAAACUCGAUCCCAAGCAAUGAACCACAAAAUUCUUACUCAAAAGAUUUGAAUGAUUAUAUAAACAAAUUUACAGAAAGUCAUAAUCAUUUGACAAAAGAACAACAUUUACAAUUGAAAGAAAGCAUUGUUUGUUUAGAGAGGUUGCCUUUUAGUGUGUUAAAGGAUAAACUAAGGAGAGUAAGUUUUGCAGAUUCAUUAUUUGAUGAUGACAAUAUAAGCUCAAUAUCGGAAAAUUGUCCCAGUCCUUGUAACUCUCUUGCCAAUCAUGAAUCUGAAGAGUCUAAUGAUUUGGAUCAAAUGAGUCGAACUUUGGAAACUAGAAGCAAAUCAUGUAGUCAAGAUUCAGCUUUUUAUGAAGAUGAAGAUCAAAUUAACGAAUCAAAUGCGACUCUGGAUAGUACUACACUAACAGCUGACACUGGGGUUGAAACUACUGAUGUUAUUUCAAAUGAUAAUCUCACCAACACUUCAACACCAGUUCCAGUGUUAUCAUCUCCAAAAAUAUCAGAAUUUAAACAAGAAUCGGAGUCUCCAGUGACCAAUAAUGCGUUAUGUUUGGGAUCUUCUGCAAUUAUUACAGGUUGUAGGUUUAGUAAAAAACGGUUUUCUUUAGAUCGUGAGGAAAAAGAAGAUAAAAUCAAGAGACAAAAAAUGCAACGGAUUUCUAAAAGGUUAGAAAAAAAAUUGGCGAAGUUGGCAACAGGACUAACGGUCAGUUAUAGAAAAUUUGAAAAGUUUUUACGUUUGCAGUAUAAACUAUCAGAUAAUGAAGGAAUUAUUGCUCAAGACAUGUCAGAAUCCGAGGAAUCAGAAUCCGAAUCAGAUGGUGAACCAUUUCAUGGUUUUCCCGAAAGUGAUCAAGAAACAUCCGAUACUGAAGACAUCAGCAUUGACCCAUCGUUGCCCCCGCCGCUCUCCCCCAUUCCUGAACCACAAGUACCUAAAGAAACUCCAGACUUUCUUCCAUCAACUUCCAACGACAUCCCCAUAGCCUUUGAUUUAGAUCAGGAAGAAAUUUCUCGUAGAAACGUCCGUGAAUGGCGAUCUAGUAUAGUCCCUAUAUUAAAGAAUUUGGAAAACAAAUCAGACUUCAACAUCCACGAAUACGGCUCGAAAAUAAUGGACCCACUUGAAGUCGGGGAACAACAACUAUUUAGGGAUAUAGUCCAAGGGAAAAACGCGACGGAAGUCACCAGGUUUUUUGUAGCGACUUUACAGUUAGCCAAUACUCUUAACAUCGAGAUCACUGGGGCCAAACCGGGAAAGUUGUCUAAUGACACUUUCCAAAUCAAAGUUUUAAAUAAAGAUAGACUUCACGAAAUGUUGGAGGAGUAUCAAGCGCCGUCCGAGGAAACCUUCACGGAGAGAUUAGAGAGGGCGAAAGCGAUGAAUCCCAAAGUCCCUCUACAUUCCACUCCUAGUAUGGAACCACCUGCUAAGAAGCGCAAGUAUACGAAGGCAACCCGUAAAAAGUUGUUUUGAAAAUUGCGCUGUUUUUUUUCGACAGUAUUAGAAUGCAUUAAGACUAACUACAUAUUUAGUUAAAUAAUAUUUUUAUUUUGUGUGUUCACUCUCAUUAGCAUUUUCCAAACUACACGAACGGUUUGAUUUUCACUGUCAGGAUUAAUUUUUUUUUAAUUUUUAGUUCUAAUAAGAAUAAAAAUAAAAAUGACUGUGAUCUCAAUGUGUUAGAAUAUUAUAUAAAAGAUUCUGAAAAGUACAAUGUUAAAUAAAUAUUAUUAUGAUUUUUU